AUGUCAACAACACCAACCCAAGAUCAGCAGCUCCGCUACAUAAACUACCAGCUCCCUCCACACAGCACUCCACUACUUAUCAUAUGGUCUCUGGUGACUGCUGGGAUAUCCCUAGUUGGCAACACUGUCAUCCUAAUAGGCACCAUAAAACACAAUGCCAUCAAACUGGAUAAUAUCUCUCUGCUCCUGAUCAAGCAGCUGGCGGUGUCAGAUAUCUGCAAUACCCUGAUCAUUGUGCUGCCUGGGGUGGUCACUCUCUCUACCAAACGAGCUCUCUUUGGAGAUAACCUGGCUGUGUGCCAGAUUAUCGCUUAUAUGCAGUAUGUGUUCCCAGCCUUUAACUCCCUGGCAGUGUGUGCUAUGACCAUCAACAAGCUGAGCAUCCUACUUAAACCCACUAAGACCCUAACGAGGAGUGAUAAGACAGGGUAUAUACUGGUGGCUGGAGCGUGGCUUUGUGGCCUGGUCCCUGCUCUCAUGUACUUUAUCGUGGGAGGUACCACCGUCAUGUUCGAUACUCGGGUAUACAGGUGUAUGCCAGAUUGGAAUGGAUCACGGCACGAAGAGCUCUGGAAGAUGCUGGAUAACAUAAAAUCUGUCGUCUUCAUCUUUAUCCCCUUCUUGACCAUCCUGGCAACCACCAUCUGGAUCCUCACAUUCCUGAAGAAAGUGAUCAAUCUAAGCCGACAAAACAUCCCCCUAGUCCUAAGUGUUGCUAUCCUUCACCUCAUUUCCUUCAUGCCAUUCCUCACCUACGUCAUCACAAUGAACAUCUUCAAGCCAUCUCGUGAAGUAAAAUACAGGACCGACACGGUCGCUCAGUUGUGGGCAGCAGCAGUUUAUCUGAACUACCUGAACACGAUGAGUAAUCCGGUUCUGUACUACUUCACCAGUGCCAGCUUCAAGACUUACGUAGGAAGGUGGUGGAGGAGGAUAAGAGGGGAGGAGGGAGGAGGGAGCUCGGGUAUGGAGCUCAGCACAGCCUCGAACUUGAGAGGUUCUGUUAGUGUUCUUAGUGGACAUAAGGUAGCAGCACAAGCUUGA